UGACGUUCGACGGAAGCCGAUUAGACCAUAAAUCUCAAAGGCACCCCUUUCCUGCGACUGCUCACAUGAGCCCGGCUUGGACGAGUGCACAGUUUUAAGAAAAGACAACAAGAAAAGAGCAGAUACCCGACGCUUGAGAAAUGGCACAGGCGGCAGACUCCAUACUGCACAGUGGCUACUUCCACCCCACUCUCAGAUACUGGCAGACGUGUGCAUCAGACCUGAGACCUGACAAUCUGAUCUACCCCAUCUUCAUAACUGACAGUCCUGAUGCAGUGGAACCGAUUGCGAGUCUGCCAGGCCAAGCAAGAUAUGGUGUUAAUAAGCUAGAAGGUAUGCUGCGCCCUCUAGUGGAAAAAGGCUUGAAAUGCGUACUGAUUUUUGGAGUUCCUGCCAAAAUCGCAAAGGAUGAGCGAGGCUCUGGGGCAGACACCGACGAUACUCCUGCUGUUCAAGCUGUGAAGAAACUGCGAGCUCUGUUCCCUAAUCUGGUGCUGGCUUGCGACGUGUGUCUCUGUCCUUACACGUCACACGGGCACUGCGGUAUCCUGCGUGAAGAUGGGACCCUGGAUAACGCAGCCAGUUGUAGGAGACUGGCCGAGGUGGCGCUGGCGUACACACAAGCUGGUUGCCACAUUAUCGCUCCGUCAGACAUGAUGGAUGGACGCAUUGCAGCCAUUAAGCAAGCGCUCAUAUCCAAUGAUGUUGGCAAUAAGGUUUCAGUGCUGAGCUACAGUGCCAAGUUUGCUUCCUGUUACUACGGGCCAUUCAGGGAUGCUGCUCAGUCCAAGCCAGCCUUUGGAGACAGGCGAUGCUAUCAGCUACCCCCUGGUGCCCGAGGACUGGCACUGCGAGCCUGUGAUCGGGAUGUAAAAGAGGGAGCCGAUAUGCUGAUGGUGAAACCAGGACUGCCUUAUCUGGAUAUUCUGAGGGAGGUCAAGGAUAAGCACCCGACGCACCCACUGGCGGUUUACAAUGUGUCCGGGGAGUUUGCGAUGCUGUGGCACGGAGCUCAAGCCGGAGCCUUCGACCUGCGUACAGCCGUCCUGGAAGCAAUGACCGCUUUUCGGCGUGCAGGAGCAGACAUUAUUAUCACUUACUACACUCCUCAGCUCCUCACAUGGCUCACAGAGUGACCAGCUCCCUGCAUUUUGUGGAUUUCUUCAGAUGUAUUCCAAAGGGCAUUAAAGGUUGAUGAUAAAUAUAGGAUUCGCUGAAUCGCUGUAAUCGAGAGAAUGAGUUUUCUAAUUGUAGUACUUUGUGGAGAGGGGGUUCAUAUGAUAUAAGGUCUGUGGAUGGUUAUUGAGCUAUGCAAACUAACAAACUAUAGAAAAAGAAACUUACUCCUGAAAACAGCUAGCUAUCAUGACACUGAUUAAACUAAUUUGAUUAUUAUGUGGAUUUCUUUUUUACUUUUUUUUUUUCUUUUCUUUUUUUGAGUACCAACCAGCUUUCUAAAAAUCGAUGUAUCCUUUACAGAUUGUAAUUUAAUGUGGGAUUACAAAUGAUAUGUGUGUAAAAUUACAGGUUCUGUGGCAUUUGUGGCAAUCCUGUGGCUGGAAUAAACACGGAUUUUGUUUUGUGAUCAAAACAAAUAAAAUGUUAUUUGUCACACACA